AUGGUUUCAUAUUCUCUUUUCCUCGUUUUAGAAGUCAGACUGGUUGGAGGCUCUCACUGUUCUGGGAGAGUGGAGGUUCUUCAUGGAGAGAGCUGGUUCACAGUGUGUGAUGCUGACUUUAACCAGCAGGAUGCAGAGGUUGUGUGUCGAGAGCUGGGCUGUGGUUCUCCUGUGGAGGUUCUGGGAGCAGCUGCUUUUGGUAGAGGGGAGGGUGAGGUGUGGUCAGAGGAGCUUCAGUGUAGAGGAAACGAAUCUCAGAUUCACUUCUGUCCAAAAUCAUCUUCACUCAAACACAACUGCUCCCAUGAUAAUGAUGUGGGACUGGUGUGUGACGGCAGUGUGAGGUUGGUGGAUGGUGGGAGUCGAUGUGCUGGGAGAGUGGAGGUUCUACAUAGAGGACAGUGGGGAACAGUGUGUGAUAAUGACUGGGAUAUAAUAGAUGCUGCAGUGGUGUGUAGAGAGCUGGGCUGUGGAGAAGCUGUUGAUGCAGUGAAUGAAGCUCACUUUGGAUCAGGAUCAGGACCAAUCUGGAUGGAUGAUGUGGACUGUAGUGGAUCAGAAUCUACACUGAAGAACUGUAGAUCAAAAGGGUGGGGUGAACAUGACUGUGAUCAGAAGACUCAGAGUUCUGGGGUCAUCUGUUCAGGCAGGGUCAAACUGAUUGGAGGUUCUCACUGUUCUGGGAGAGUGGAGGUUCUUCGUGGAGAGAGCUGGUUCACAGUGUGUGAUGCUGACUUUAACCAGCAGGAUGCAGAGGUUGUGUGUCGAGAGCUGGGCUGUGGUUCUCCUGUGGAGGUUCUGGGAGCAGCUGCUUUUGGUAGAGGGGAGGGUCAGGUGUGGUCAGAGAAGCUUCAGUGUAGAGGAAACGAAUCUCAGAUUCACUUCUGUCCAACAUCAUCUUCACUCAAACACAACUGCUCUCAUGAUAAUGAUGUGGGACUAAUAUGUGCCGGCAGUGUGAGGUUGGUUGAUGGUGGGAGUCGCUGUGCUGGGAGAGUGGAGGUUCUUUAUAGAGGACAGUGGGGAACAGUGUGUGGUAAUAACUGGGAUAUGAGAGAUGCUGCAGUGGUGUGUAGAGAGCUGGGCUGUGGAGAGGCUGUAGAUGCACUGAGCGAUUCUAAGUUUGGAUCAGGCCCAAUCUGGAUGGAUAAUGUGGAUUGCAGAUCAUCAGAGUCUACAUUCAAGAAAUGUCAGUCGAGUGGAUGGAGUAAACAUAAUUGUGAUCACUCUACAGAUGCUGGACUUGUCUGUUCAGGAGUCAGACUGGUUGGUGGUUCUCAUUGCUCUGGGAGAGUGGAGGUUCUUCAUGGAGAGAGCUGGUUCACAGUGUGUGAUGCUGACUUUAACCAGCAGGAUGCAGAGGUUGUGUGUCGAGAGCUGGGCUGUGGUUCUCCUGUGGAGGUUCUGGGAGCAGCUGCUUUUGGUAGAGGGGAGGGUCAGGUGUGGUCAGAGGAGCUUCAGUGUAGAGGAAACGAAUCUCAGAUUCACCUCUGUCCAAAAUCAUCUUCACUCAAACACAACUGCUCUCAUGAUAAUGAUGUGGGACUGGUGUGUGCAGGUAAAUUCAGGCUGGUUGGCGGUUCUCCCUGUUCUGGGAGAGUGGAGGUUCUUCAUGGAAAAACCUGGUUCACAGUGUGUGAUGCUGACUUUAACCAGCAGGAUGCAGAGGUUGUGUGUCGAGAGCUGGGCUGUGGUUCUCCUGUGGAGGUUCUGGGAGCAGCUGCUUUUGGUAGAGGGGAGGGUCAGGUGUGGUCAGAGGAGCUUCAGUGUAGAGGAAACGAGUCUCAGAUUCACUUUUGUCCAAAAUCAUCUUCACUCAAACACAACUGUUCUCAUGAUAAUGAUGUGGGACUGGUGUGUGCAGACAGUGUGAGGUUGGUGGAUGGUGGGAGUCGCUGUGCUGGGAGAGUGGAGGUUCUUCACAGAGGACAGUGGGGAACAGUGUGUGGUGUUGGUUUAAGUUUGGUAGCAAAUGCAGUUAUAUGUAGAGAACUGGAUUGUGGAGUGGGACUAGGUUUUCAAGUUGUACCAGGAUCUGGACAAAUCUGGAUGAGUCAUGUCCAAUGCAGUGGAUCAGAGUCUACACUGAAACACUGUGGAUCAUUAGGAUGGGGUGAACACAGCUGCAGUCAUGAUUUUGAUAUUAAAGUUGUCUGUUCAGGUCACAGUAUAUCCAGACUUGCUGAUGGUCCUCAUGUUUGCUCUGGGAGAGUGGAGGUUCUUCAUGGAGAGAGCUGGUUCACAGUGUGUGAUGCUGACUUUAACCAGCAGGAUGCAGAGGUUGUGUGUCGAGAGCUGGGCUGUGGUUCUCCUGUGGAGGUUUUGGGAGCAGCUGCUUUUGGUAGAGGGGAGGGUCAGGUGUGGUCAGAGGAGCUUCAGUGUAGAGGAAACGAAUCUCAGAUUCACUUCUGUCCAAAAUCAUCUUUAAUCAAACACAACUGCUCCCAUGAUAAUGAUGUGGGACUUAUAUGUUCUGGUCACACUCAGGCUCGGUUAAUGAACGGCUCAGACUCCUGUUCUGGUCGAGUGGAGCUCCAGUAUCUCAGUGAGUGGGGUACAGUGUGUGAUGUAAGCUGGGAUAUGAGAGCUGCCAGUGUCCUCUGUGCUCAGCUGAAGUGUGGGAGUGCUGUGGCUGUGUUGGGGUCAGACUGGUUUGGGGAGGGGAGUGGCCGGAUCUGGGCUGAUGUGUUUGAUUGUCAGGGGAACGAAACACACCUGUCAAAAUGUCCCAUUUCAUCAUGGAGUCGAACUGCAUGCGCUCAUAAACAGGACGCUGGAAUUAUCUGCAGUGCUUCCUCUCUGGCAUCUGAUGAGGGAGGAGUGCGGUUGUCUGGAGGGAUGGAGUGUGAGGGGGAGGUGGAGGUGUUCUUCAGGCAGGACUGGAGGAGAGUUCUGCUGGACUCCUGGAGUGAGUCUGAGGCCUCUGUGGUCUGCAGACAGCUGGGCUGUGGUUCUGUACUCAACAUCUCCAGUUCCUCUUCAUCCAGUCUUGAACACAGCUACAUGUGUGUGACGGGUUUCCACUGCUCUGGGAGUGAAGCUCAUCUGAGGAACUGCAGCAGCUCACAAGCAGUUAACUGCAGCUCCACAGAACAGCUCUACAUCACCUGCUCUGGCCACGGCUCCAUCAGGCUGGUUGGUUCUGGGGGAGACUGUGCAGGAAGGCUGGAGGUUUUCCACAGUGGAUCAUGGGGGACAGUGAAUGAUGAAUUGUGGGAUAUUGAGGAUGCGCAGGUGGUCUGCAGACAGCUGCAGUGUGGAGUGGCCCUCAGUGAUCCAGUUCCAGCCCGGUUUGGAUCUGGAACUGGACCCAUAUGGCUGAAUGAGGUGGAGUGUGAGGGGAAGGAGGCGUCUCUGUGGAACUGCAGAUAUCAGCUGUGUGGAGAGGAUGAAUGUGGACACAAGGAUGAUGUAGGAGUCAUGUGCUCAGAGUAUAAAGAGGUUAGACUGACUGAGGGCUGUGAGGGGAAUCUGGAGGUGUUCUAUAAUGGAACCUGGGGGAAUGUGUGUAACAAUGGGAUGAAUGAAGAAACAGCGAGUCUGAUCUGUCAAGAGCUGAACUGUGGAAGAAGUGGGAGUGAGAGAGCUACCAAAGCACGAGUGGAAUCUGCUCCUAACUGGAUGGAUAAUGUGAAAUGUAGGAAACAUGACUCAACUCUGUUUCACUGUCCAUCUUCUUCCUGGAGUCAGAACAACUGUGAUAACAGCAAUGAGGUGGCUCACAUUACCUGCUCAGGGGAGAAGAAACAGCUUGCACUGGAAAAUCAUCUAAAAUGCUCCUUCUUUCCAAACCAGGGCCAGUGCUCAAAGCACCUACCUCUACAUCUGAGAGAAGGCGUGGGAAGCUGUUCUGGGUGGCUGGAGGUGUAUCAUAAUACUGAGUGGGGUUUCAAUUCUGUGUUUUUAUUUCCAGUUAUUCAGACAGUGAAUAGACCAGACCCUCCUCCACAAACUCCUCCACCAGCUGUUCCAUCCAUCUAUCCAGUGUCUCUCCUGGUUCUGGGAUCUGUGCUCUUCCUGGCCUUAGUGCUUCUGGUUGUGCUGUUUUAUCAGAACAGAGUGCUCAGGAGAGUGAUCUCUAAGAGGAGGAGGAAGACUCUGCCUGAGGACAUCUAUGAGGAGAUCGACCCCAGAUACAUCACCACUAGAAAUUAUUCAACUCAGCGGAGACCUAUCUUUUCUGAAGGAUAUGAGGAUGUGGACGAGGAGCUUCACUCGGGAAAUAUCAUCUCUGAAGAUCAGCAUUCAGGAUAUGAGGAUGUGGAUGAAGAGCUUCUCUCUGAAAAGUCUUUGACUGGAGCAAAGGCAGAAUAUUAUGAUGAUGUCAUCCCCAGUGAUCAAAUAAGUGAGUUCCUUUAUUAAUGAAUCUGCUGAUUU